AUGCUCACGGGGUCUCGGUUCUACGAAUGGGUCCUGGUUGGAGUGAUAGAUCUGACUCGGAGAGACCCGCAUAAACCUGGAGAACCGCUACUACGCAAGUACCGAGCCACAUGCGGGAUCUCCGGCCCCACUACUCACUGUGAGAGCACCUCCUCCUCAGAGCACCUCCUCAGUGCACGCUCCUCAGGACCUCCUCCUCAGAGCACCUCCUCAGUCCUCUCCUCAGACCACCUCCUCAGUCCACCUUCCUCAGAUCCGCCUCCUCAGACCAUACUCCUCAACAUCUCCUCCUCAGGCCAACCUCUCAGUAGCAUCCUUCCUCAGACCACCUCCUCAGUCCACCUCUCAGACUCCCUCCUCAGAGCACUCCUCAGACCACCUCCUCAAACUCCUCCUCAGACCUCCUCCUCAGACCACCUCAUCAGCCACCUCUCAGACCCCCUCCUCAGACCUCCUCCUCUGAGCACCUCCUAG